AUGCACCGGGAAUCCAGCCCUUCCUCAUCAAAACCAGGGCGCUCCUCUUCUUCCUCUCAAUCACCACUACCAUUUAGACUUUCUCUCUCUAAAAAACCAAAAAAACUUGGUUCCGAAUCCACAGCAAUUAGCACUAGUUCUAAACAAAAUUCGCCUGAUGUGUCUGAAAGCUCUUUAAAUAGUACGAUCAAAGCCAAGGAUGAGGAUGACGAAGACGAUAUCCAAUUUGAUUCAAUUACGCCUCGCAUAAAUACCUUAGACACAGACGGGGAAUCUAUGGAUACUUCAGAAAACAGUUCAGAGGAUGAAUACAUUGAAGAUUCUGCAAAAAAAAACAUUUCAAAUAGAAUCAAACCAGAUAUUUCAUCCGCAAAACCUCGUCCAACAGUUAGAGAUACAAAUUCUGAAAGCAAAUCGGCACAAUCGACGGAUUUACAACCACUGUUUCUAGGUGAAGACACAUUUUCAGAAGCAUCUGUUAAAGAAUGGCAGACUCCACGUAUAAAAGCUUGGGAAUCCCGCAGAUCGACUCCAGAAACAUUUUAUUUCAGAUUUGUCGCUCCUGGAGAGGGACAAAGUAACGGAAAAUGGUCAAAAGAAGAACACAAAUGUUUUAUGGACCGAUAUGAAGAGUGGAUUGCUAGUGGGCGGAAAAUGGGUCAUUCUUGGGGAUUAUUUAGUAUAAAAAUUCCUCACAGAGUGGGCUAUCAAUGCAUGAACUAUUACCGAAGACUAGUAAGGAGAGGAGAGAUCAAGGAUAAUGCAUAUGACACUACAAAUGGUGUAUUGAAGCACGUUGGCAGAGAGCGAGCCAGUGUUACGAUAAGCAGCACGGAACUGGGACCUGAAUGGGAAACAGAACAUGUCAAAAAUAUAGAAAAGAAUGUCAACAACUGGAUAAAAGAGUUUCAUAAUAGUACUGGAAGAAAACCAUCAGGCAAAUCGAAAACCGAAAAACUCGUAGUAAGGCGUAGUGUACCAAUUGGCGACCUUAUUAAAGCGCAACCAGCACGAAAGAGAAAGCGAGUUUCGGAAAUAAAUCCAGACGAAGAAGAUUUUAUGGAAAUGCAGGAGGAUGAACCUGAGAGAAUGAAUGUCUCAACACACCCAAUCGAUUGGGAAGAAGGGUGGAAAGAACGUCUGGAGAACUACAAGGAUUUUAUGAAACCCUUUCUCGAUACAGAAACCAGAGAAAAUUAUUGGCAUGCAAAACAACGGUGGCGUCAAGGGCUCGUUACAACAGAAAUGUUAUUAGCGAAGAAACCAAUCCAAAGACUAGUGCCUCAAGAAACUACUGAACCAAUUAUCAAACCUCUCGCCAAUCGAAUGCAAGCAUCUCUUUCUCGUUUCUUUGCUGGUGUCAAAAAACUAAAGGUGGAUACACCCGAAGAAUUGAUUUCGAAUGUCAGAAUUCCCAACGAUCUAUUCAGUGGUGUAAGACACAUACUACCUUUGAAAAUGGCAAUAGAGAAGAAAACAGGAAGAACCAAAACAAUAUAUUAUGAAGUUGAUGAUAUCAUGGACUCAAUCAAAACUAUUGAUGAAGUGUUGGAAAAUGUACCAGAACACUUGUCUCAUCAGUCUCCGUUAGAAGGUGUUCUUGUAGACCCACCGUGGGAAUUUUAUGUAAACGAUGGGCGUAAUGAUGGGCGCUGUACGUGGAAUCUGAAAAAUAUGGCCAUGUUAAUGGACAAGAUUCUGGAUAAAAUGACAGCAGGGCUCAUAUUUAUAUGGACACACAAGUUAAUCCAGGCGGAUGUUGUCAAGCUAAUGUCUACUUUAGGCUGUAAAUACGUUGAGAAUCUUGUGUGGUUCAAAAAGUCAGUUAACAAUGUUCAGUUGGAUCAACCUAGCCCUUAUAUCAGUUCAGCCAAAGAAAUUCUGCUAAUGUUUAAAAAGGGAGAAGGUUUUGAAUUGAGGCAUCAACGUUCAGCAGAUGUUAUUAUUGAAUUUGAAUCACCAAGGGAAGAAUGGAUUCAUGAUGAAUAUACUGAGCCAAAACCUAAUGCUGUAUACGAAAUGAUCGAAACAUUAUUACCAAAGGCUGCUUAUGAUGAAACGCUGGGACGUGGCCGAUUCUUAGAGCUAUGGUCUAAACGAGUUUCUCCAAAGAGAGAAGGGUGGAUCUCAUUUCAUCAGAAAAAGUAUCCUUUGGUAAUGACAGCCGAUCCUCAAAUACAAGACACUGAAAUGUGUAUAAAAGAUGAAUUCAGCAACAUGUCAAUAAAGGAAUAUAUCAAGAACGAAGAUCGAAUAAUGGAUGAGGAUAUGUUAGAAGGAUAA